CCCUGACCCUACUUCAUAAUAAUAUCAAUAGUUAACUUGUUAAAAAAGGAACACAGCUGACACAACAGAAGGCAAAGUCCUUUGCCUAGCUACGUUACUCAUAUUCAUUGGUUACUCACACUUAAGAUUACAUCUUGAGCUGAAUAAAUAAAUUCAAGACGUAUGUAUCUUUUGAAGGGAACUGUUAUUGACCAAUACUUAUUGACUUAGACGACUAAAGUCUUAGUCUACUGUAGUUGUAGUAGGACUGUAGACUGUAGUAGUAGUAGUACUAGUAGUAGGUUAGUAGUAGUAGUAACUUAGACAGUAGUAAUAGUAAGUUUUAAAGUUAACGAAACAUGUCAGUGUGAGUGUCGCAGUAUUAAUUAUUUAAUUAAUAUUAAUAACUUACUUAAUUUAACUUAAACUUAUGCCAACUUAUAAUUAUAUGCUAUCCUUAGCUACUUGACUUUGACUUAAGUUUUUUUUUUUAAAUGAAAAUUUCUAAAAAUGAUCAAAAUAGAAUAAUAGUUGUACAGUACCCUACUCAGUAUAAUCUGAGUAUAAUAAUAGAACUUUAAAACAACAAUGAAACCAACAUUAAUAUCAACUUGCUAUACUAUCAUCAGUUUUUGAUUUUGAGCUACAAAUUUAUCAAAGUCAAAGUGCAGCUCUUUUAUCCCUUUUUAACAUAGUGUCCAUACUGCCAUAGUCAUAGGCUGUAUCUCCACAUUCUGUGACCCAGUUAUCUUAUUAUGCUGUUUUCAUCAUAAUAUUAACAUGGGCUAUUUAAAUUUGAUUCUUAUUUACUUAUUUUUAUGAUAAUUUUAUAUGACUUUUAUUCUCAGGACUAAUGCUAUAAUAUAUUUUAAAAGUUAUAAUUUUGUAAAGUACUUUUAAAAAUAUUUAGCAGUUAUAAAUGAAUUCUAACCUAUCAUUGAUCAACUGUAUCUAACUAUGGACUAUUAAAGUAUUUAUAUUAUGUAUUUUUUUGCUGGGAUGAUGGAAGGCCUGGAAUUAUUCUUCUACGAUUAUAAGCUGGUUCCCAACAGCAAAUCGCCUCUCUCCACACCUCUGGAUAACCCAAGGGAACAUAAUGUGGAUGGUACAGCUUGACACCAGGAGUUGUCGGAAUGUUUCAUUAUACCAAUGUUAUCCUCCUACGGUACUCCAUCUCUGUCCGAGUUUGAAUUCAGAGUUUCCUUCUCUUAGAUGAGUUGCCAUCCAAGGUUAACGAGUCCCAUCCACCCGGGGUGCUGGUGGUUGUUUUUGCUUGACUGGCCUUUGGCGGGCAUUGACCUCCAUACCACCAACUUGAUAUUUGCUCAGUUUAGACCACUCAGCUACCCAGCACCCGAUUAUGUGUUAUCAUUAAAUUUAAAAAUAUACUAUAAGGCUUUUCUGUUUACCAAGUCUACAGCAUCCAUAAAUUAUUACACUUAUACUGGUAUAUUGUCCAAAGAAAGCAAUGCGACCCCCUAAAAAGAUACUGGUUAGGGACAACUAAUUUUGAAAUUUUCACUUUUCUACAUGACUAAUUAAUUAAAGCUUUCCCUGACCAAUGAUUCAAUAGUGUUUGCACACAGCAAACACUUAAUAUAGAUACUCUGAGAGAGAAAAUUACUGUUUUACCAAAUUUCUGUUUCACAAAAUUUACUUUCUAUCAAACUUCCAUUGGAACAAAUUUCCUUUCGACCAAAAUUCCUUUCGACCAAACUAGAGUUGACUAAAAAAAUUCUUUCCAAAAAAUUUGUGGAUACCAUAGUAUAGCUUUAGCCAUAUGCAAGUAGCUCUGAAUUGCUUCUCAUGACAUGACAAAUUAUGAUAAUUUAUAUUAUGGACUCUACAGGGUUUUUAAACAUUAAAUUAAAAUAGUCUCGUUUAAAUGCCUUCUAAAUUCAUUCUUAGGCACAAGGUAGCAAAUAUUUUGAUGUACAGGUAUAUAUUAGUAAUAAUUUAAUAUUUCAUAAGUAUUAGCAUCCUCUUAAAGUCUUUAAGGGCAAUCCAAUAUUAAAGUUGAUUGAAAGUGCAAAACUGCUGCAUAUGAAUGUAGGCCAAGAUGUCCUGUAAUAUAAGAGGCCAGAAAUGUAACUCAAUUGUGGGUAUAUAAGACUCUGUAUUAAUCAAAUUAUAAUGACAUGAAAAAUUUAAAAAGUUGGAAAUAUCUUCACCAACACCGUACACCUAUUUCCGAUUCAAAUUUAGUAGUUAGUCUCCUAUGUGUUACUGAAGUGCCUACUUAAAGUUAUUAUUAGUAAUUAUACUAGACUUACUAUUUAUUUGGUAGUUAGAAUACACCAUAGUACUAAUAGUAUUAUUUUAGGACAAACUAAAAGAUUACAUAAACUUAAAUAAGUUUAAGUUUACUGGACUUCUCUGUUCAUUAAAACUUAAUUAUUAACUAAGUCUCUUUACUCUUAGUGCUAAGGCCCUACUGCUUUAAGUUGCACCUAUGCUAAUGAACAUGGUACUAAUGCACCUAGUUAAUAUUUUAUUUUUAAUAGGUGCAAAACUGAAUUAAAAUUUUUAAAAUUAAAUUAAGCCUGUUAUAAUAUUAGUAUAGUAUUCUGAUUAAUAGGCCCGACUCAUAUCUAUCGUAUCUUUCUCAGUCUCUGUGUAUAAAGAAAGACCCAAACACAGAGGCUAAAAAAAAUACAUUGUGAUCUGGAAAGUUUUUCUAUUUCAAAGAAUUAUUUUUUCUUGUUUUGUAUUGUGUCCUGUAGAAGGCAUUUAGCCAAAAUGCCCUUUUAAUUAUUCUGUCUUUUUUUCAAGUGUAAACAUAUCUUGUUCCACUAUUUAUUUACUCCUCAUGGCUUGAACGUGUACUCCAUAUAUUAUCUUGGGGAAGAGGUCAACCCUGAGUAAAAACUUCACAAUAAAUUGAAGUUGUAACUAAUGGCCAACUGGAUGGGUGAUUUUAAAAAGAGUGUUUUCUGUGUUAAAAAAAAAUAUCUGUUAUAUUACAGUGCCAUACAGUUUUAAGUUAAUGUUGCUUUGAAAAUCCAUUAUUAUGUUUUAAAAUCUGUUGCUGUGUUUCCUAACCAAAGUAAGUCUGUUUUGUCACGUCUAACAGCAUGAUUGUCAAGUUGUGGUAAAUAGAUUCAGAAUUCAAUAAUACUUUUUACAAGAAAUAACUAGUCACAAAAAUGGGUAUGUUCAUUCCACUUGAAAACUUGUCAUUUUAAAUAUGAUUUUACUAAUUGGUGGGUGUUCUUGAAAUUAUUUGUAUUUGCAAUUUAAGGUUGUUUUCUUUUUCUUUUAUAGUUGUUCAUGAGGAAAACAUUGCAUUAUUCUAUUUUCAACUCAAAAGAAAGAGAUUGUGUCUGAACACAAUGGUGCUGAUGGGUUUGAGAAGUUUCUUAUUUACUUUGUUGCUUUUCAUUAUUUCAACAACUUUAUCUAGGUAAGUAAUCCAAGUGACUCUUUAAAAAAAAAUCUUAUGGACAUUAUAUUUCAUUUCAUUUUGCAAAUAUGUUGACACUUAGAAUAUUAUCACUAAUACCUUAUAAAUGCAAUAUUAUAGUAUUAAAUGCUGGAUUCACCUGAAAUACUUUUUAAAAAAAACAGUGUUUGCUGUAAUGAAGUUAGACAAAUAAUGUGGUUUUAUUUAUAUACUCCAAAUGUUCUUAUGCAUCAACGCCCCCUGAAACAGCUUUAGAACAACUCCUUUGCAGUUAAGUGCUGACAAUACCCACUUUCUGAAUCAUAUAUUAUUGUGUGUUUAAAAAUCAGGGCCAUGUGGUGCACACGGCUGAAGCGGGUGACACAUGUGGAAUCUUAUGUUGUAUUGGCUCAAUGCAGUCAUGCAUACAAAGCAAAAUGUGGCUGGUUUACAAGUAAAGAGUGCACUUAUUAUGAGUAGGUUUCUAUUUUUCCUCUUAUUUUUUGCAAGUACAUGAAACAGCAAUUUUUAGUGAAAAAUGUGAUCUCCAUCACUGUAAAAAUAUUUUUAGUCAGAUAAUAAUUCACAGGUGUAACUGUUCCCUUACUAAUUGUAUCAAAUUUUCAAUUUUAAUACUCCUUUAGUCCAAACUUAUUAAACAUUAGCUAUUCAAAUGUGUGUGGCAUUAUAGCAAUAUGAUAAUGCCAUUAAGGGAAAAUACAUUUUGCAUAAUCUCUUUCGCUGCAGAAUUUUUUUAUAGACAAAAUGUACAUUUUUUUUCAAAGAGCAAAAAAGAGUCACAGGUUGGGUUUAUGAAAAAAUAUUUAAAAUAUUAUUUUUUUGUUUCAAUAAGACUAAACUUGGUAUUAAAUAAAAGAUAAUUGAAUAGGCUAUAUUUUUGUAAACUUAUUUCUUCAGUUUAAAUAAAAUAAAUAACAGAAAAGAACCAUAAAAUGUGAAAACAUAUGCUAAACCAUUUUUUCCCCAAAACCUAUGAUGUACGCAUACCUCAUCUUUACUUCUAUAACUCAAAUCCUCUAAAACUACUACUAUCGGAAUCAUGCGAUGGAUCUAAAUAUAAAUCAUCUUCACUAUCAAAAGAAGUGGUAUUAAAAAAAACUCCAAAGCUUUUUGAGCUGUUAAUCUAGGAGCCUUACUCACCUACUAGGGGAGAGAGUAGCCAUAGCAAUAAUAAAAAAAAAAAGCGAAGAAAAUCAUUAAUAUAAUGCUUCAAAACAAACGAUGAAGUGCCACUCUUAUAUGUAAAAGUCUUAUUUAAAAAUAGCUCUUAAAAAGUUUAACAGAGAAAUAGCAAAGAAACAAAAAGGAUACUGAAACAAAGCAAAGCUCAUUGGUCUAUGCUUUUCAGAACGCAGCAAAAGAGUUAAUCAAGAAACACUUUAUUCAAAUGAUAUAUUAUUUCUGAUUAUACAGAUUGGUUGAGUGCCCAGUUGAACAAAAUCGGACAGUGGAAAAAUACAUGAUAAUUGAGGAAUGUUGCCAAGGCUAUGAACUAGAUCCAAUAAAUAAUAUAACUUGUAUAAAAAAACAUGGUAAGUAUCAAAGAAAAAGAUUUAAAUGAAACAUUAUCACCUUUACCUUAAUUUUUUGGCGAUGGAAAACUAAUAACUGAGAGUAAAAGUAAUGCUAUCUUAUUUUCAAAAAAAUUAUUUUAAAAUAAUCAUUUGACAUCACAAGCAUGUUUCUAAUUAAUGAAUAUUACUAUAACAUCUGGUCUGUUAUUAUACAAUUGUAAUAUGUGUGGUUAAAUGAAGAUGGUUGAACGGCAAUAAAGUUCAGCUACAUUUAAAGACACAAAUUAAGCCGCAGUUUUCAAAAUAAUGUUAAAAAUAUCAAUCAUGACUCGUACAAAUUUUUAACAAAUAAUUCAUUGCACUAAUUUAGUCUGUACAUUCUCUUUUUCUACUGGAAUCAGAUAACAUUUCAGCCGAGGUAACCACUGUUGAUUCAGUAAUAGAAUCGGGGUUAUCUUUCAGAGGGCAUGGUAAUGAAUUUGUAAAGCUUCCAUAGUAAAUCUAGAUUUAUUUUCAUUAGUUGAUCUUUAUAUUUAUUGCUUAAUUAACUGAAGAACUCCCAGUUACAACAGCUAUUAAAACUUAAGAUAUUUAAAAGUAAAUAUAUUUUAAUUUAUCUGAAAAAGUAACCAUUAAAUUUAGAAAAUUUGAAAAGUAAUGCUUUUUUUUUUUGUGUGUAGAAGUGCAGUUUAAAGCACAUAAUGCUUUAAACUUUUUUAUUUUUAAAUGGAUUUCCUGCACUAAUUUAGCCUACAUAUAUUCUGCAUUCCAACAACAUUUCAGAGGAGAUAACUACUGUUGAUUCAGUAAUAGAAUCAGGGUUGUUAUUCAAAGGGCAUGGUAAUUUAUUUUGUAAAGUGUUUGAUUUGUAGUAAAUCUCAAUCUAAUUUUUUUUUUACUUUCACUGAAGCAAACCUAAAAAAAAUAACAUUUCUAAAGAUAUUAAACUUAAGUUUGUAAGAAUAGAAAUAUAUAUUUCUUUUUUUUUUAUUAGUUAAAAGGAAAUUUUAUUUUGUUGAGAAUUUACAAGUGCCAACUUAUUUUUGUUUAAGUUACAGUAAUUAUGCACACACAAAAUUGAUUUGUUCCAUCUUAGUUUGCCUCAAUUUUUGAUGUUUCAAUCUUGUGCUGAUCACAUAAGCUCACAUCAUUUCAGAGAAUGUUUGAAUACAUUUUGUCAUGUCAAUUUCUAAGCUAAUUUUGUUUCAUGCCAUUAAAUAUAAUCUUUAUAUUUUCACCAAUGUAUAUAAGUAAAAGUAGAUAAAUACAUAAUUUAAGUAAGACAAAUUAAUUUAUUGGUUACAACAAAAUUGUAACUCAUCAAUUCCAACUUGGAUGUGCUCUCAAAAUAUAAUUUUGUUUAAGAUUAAUAAUUAUUUCAAGUUUCCUCCUAUUUUUUUUCAAUUCUGUGUUGUCUGCUUGGAUGAAAAAACAUUUUUUUUUAAUUUUUAUAGCUUUGAUUACCAUAUAUCACUUUUUUUUUUUUUUUUUUUUUUUUUAUUUUAUUACAUUUAUUUUCCCAUGUUUUUUUUUUUUUAAAUUUUCCCCUUUUUUAUUUCAUAUAUCACUUUUUUUUUUUUUUUUUAGUUUACUAGUGUAUCACAUUUAAUGUGCCAAGGCUUAUAUUUUUCAAACUUGCGCCUUUUUUAAUUGGCUUUUGCAUGAGGUUACUAAGUAUUUGUUGUCUCCUGAUCUGGCCACCACUCACAAAAUUCAAUAUGUUUAGAUAAUUACUUGUACACACACAUUUUCAAGCAAUUUAGUAGUAGAAAAAUCAUUAAUCAUGAAAUUUAUCAAAGCUUUUUUUUGUGUGUGAUUAUAUUUCUUUGUUAAAUAUUGUUGUUGUUUUAUUUUUUUAUCCCCCCAGUUGUUCUUGUGUUUUGGUUAGAAGAAACCAUAGUGAUUCUUUAGAUAGCUGUGGGAAUGGUUCAGUUAUCAUGUUAUUGUACUACUAUUAUUUUGUUUGUGUAUAACUAAUGUUGGCAUCUUGUAUAAUCUAUUUGUUACUUCAAUUAAUUAUUUCAGUCUGUGUCUUUCCUUGUGUUGUGAGGACUUAAUUUACAAGCGUGCAUUUUUUUAAAGUCAAUGAUUAAAGACAGCAAAACAUCAUAUGCUGAAGAGAAGACGUUUUAACUCUUAAAGCUUAUUUCCGGAAGGAAAACUUGCAUUUUGUCUUGAAAACAUUGUAUCUAUUAUUAUGCGUUAUUAUCUUAAAAUAUUUUACGUCCUGCAGCCAUUUGACGUGGUUUAAAUUAAUUUAUAACAGCAAUUUAUUUUAAAUAAAAAAAUGCAAACCCUUUUCCAUAACAACAGCAGAGAAAAUUGCAAUUGUUGUAAGACUAGGACUACCUCUCUUCAUACACAUUAAAGUCUUGUUUAUUGGGUUUUUUUUUAUGGUUAUGCCCCUAAAAAUACUAGGUUAAAUUGAAUCUAAAACUAAAAUAUUAUAAUGUAAUUGAUUCCCAAUUUGAUUAUAUCUUGGAGAAAAAAUGUCAGCCGCAGUUGAAUAACUUUAAAUAAAAAAUGAAAUUAACUGUUUUGGCUUCCUACAGACAGAGAUGGUUUUUAAUUUUUUUUAAAAACAAAGUGCGCAAUAUAUACAAGCACCCCUUGUAUAUAGCAUGAAACUGGAAGUUUGCAGAUGUGGUUUAAAAAAUGUGCUGGUUUAAUUUUAUUUUUUUAAACUUACAUGAAAACUAACAUAAUAUAAACCAUUGUCAAACGAGAUCUUGCCGUCUCAUGGACAUUGUUUAUUUCAGUGCAUUUCAAAGUUUAUAUCAUUGUCCAACGAGAUCUUGCCGUCUCAUGGACAUUGUUUAUUUCAGUGCAUUUCAAAGUUUAUAUCAUUCACACAAUAAUUAAAUAAAAUAAUAAUAAUUGCUAAAUAAAUAUUGGUAUCAUUCUUAUUUCCUAAAAUGGGGAGCACAUCUUUUUAGCACCGCUCUUUGGACAAGAGCAUUACCUAUACGUGAAAACUGCUUGCUAAUUGAUUGUUUAAAAAAAUACACAGUGAACUAAAAAUGUUAGGAAUGGUCCUCAUUUGUUUUCCAGCUGAAGGGGUUCACUAUUAUGAUGCCGCCAGUGAUAGUACCCUGCUGGAGCUGUCUCACGGAGCCUAUGCCGGGAUUAUCUGCACUGCAAUAUUUGUUCUGUGUGUCUCAGUUCUCAUUAUUAUACACAUUCUUAAAAGGUAAACUUUUUAUGAAUUCUUUUUAAAGUGUUUUUAAAGGCUAUGUAAGUUGGGCGAAGUUAAAGUGGUGCCCUUUUGACAUCCUAGAAGAAAUCAAAACAGUAUACCAAGCUGUAUUGUAUUGUAUUAUUAUAUUGUAUUGUACAGUAUUUAUAUUUUUUUAAAAAAAGAAGCCUGAGGAGCUUAUGUUGGAGCAGAUAACAGUCAAAUUUAUAUAUGAAGAGCAUGUAAUUUUUCUUGGACUUUGUCUUGGAACGCACUUAAUCCAACUAAUAUCAAUCUUUUUAUCUUGAUGAUAAAAUUUAAUUCAUUUUGAUAUGAUACUUUUUAAAAAAGUUUUAAAAAAUACAUUUAUAUUUCUUUAUAUUACUGAGCAAGUAGUUUCCAAAUGGAGUUAUGUACCUUUGCUCUGGCAGAUGCAAGACUUCCAGCAAAAAUAGGUUAGGCCAGAUGGAUUGAUAUGAAAGAGAUGUAUUUUUUAGUAUUGUUUUUCAUAUUAUCUCCAGGAAUCGUAAUACAAAGUUAAAGCAGGAUGUCGUGAAAGUGGAGAUGGAUGUAACAGAGAAAAUGAUACCAGCACAGACAUAAAAUAAAACAAAGUUUCCUAAGUCUGGGGAAAAUUAUGUGGUUUUUUUUAACAAUACCAACUUUACUGCAACAAAUGGGUGGAUCUAAACAAUCACUAACUUUGGAAUUCUUGACAAAAAGGUCAGAAUUGUGAAUUUUGAUAGCUGUGUUCAAAUGACUUUGGAGGGCUUGAAAUAUUUGUUAUAAAAGAGGUAUAGUCCAAGAAAUUUGAAAGUGGCAAAUAAAAAUAUUCAAAAUUUAAUGUUAAACAACUCCAAGCCUAAUCAUGUCCUUCCGGAGACUGUAAUGACAAUUUUAUGAAAGCUGUGCUUUGGUGUCAAGUAAUUAAAAAGUGACUGUUUCUUGAGACAAAAAAAAUAUAAAUCUCUUAAGAUAAGAUUAGGCUGCAUAGAUUGAAUGCGUAUUAAUAAACAUAUAUUCAUAAAUUUCAAAACAGUUUCUUUCCAAAGUCUCAUCUUUGAUGUGGUCCUUACUUGCUAAAAAGAUGGGUAACAAUUGAUACAGUGUUUGUUUUUUUCUUCAGGGUAUUCUUUUAAGGAUAAAUCGAUAGUUUGUCCUUUAAAAUAAUGUCUGCAUGGAAAUACAAUUUAAAAAUUUACGUAUUAAUGUAUAAGUAUUUUGGUGUUAUUUCAUUGUGAUUGUGUUUAAAAAUCAGUUAUGGAUUGACGCAUUACAUAAAAACAACAAAACAGUAAAAUAAUUCCAUUGUAUUUUGCUUUUCUUUGCUCUUGUUAAUGGGUAUAAGUAUUCUUAUAAGUAGUUGUGUUUCUUCAGAGCUCUGUCAAAAUUUUGAGCCUGAUGCAUAUUUUAGCAAAUUUUAGUUUUAAACAAGCAGUUUAUUUUGCUGUAGUAUUUAGCAUUUUGAUACAGUAGAUGAUGGCAUGAAGGAUAUGUCUGGGAAAGCUUGACUUAUAUUCAAAAGAAUCUAUGUCAAAAAAAAAAUUUCAAAUGAACUUUUAAUAUAAAGGCUAAAAAUCCAGGGAAUUUUGAGUUAUGGAACUUAUUGAUGAUUUCAAUAGAUGAUAAAUUAAUCAUUGAUUAGGCUCAAACAAAUAAUUUAUUUCUUAACGUAUUUUGACACAUUCUGUAUAAAUGAAAUAUUUAUUGCACAAACUUUAUUAAAAUGAAGCCAAGAAAGCUAUUAAAUAAUUGAUUUACUUGUAAGAUUUAUUGUCACUGAGCACUUGUUAGGGUUGAAAACAACUGUUUGGAUAUGAAUUGAAUGAAGAAGAAAUGCUGAAUGCAAAAUUGUUUGAGUUAAAAAUAACUUGUGUGUUUUACCUAGUUGGUUUUUACUACAUUGAAAGGAACAAAAAGCUUCAUCAACAAACUCUUGGUGGCUAAUAAGCACUUACUUGUAUCCAAGUAUACUUGACAAUACUCAUAUCUAAUUUUAAAAUUACCCACCUGAACAGUAUUGAUAUUUGUGCUUAGCUAGAUAAGAGUGUAUACAAAUUAUAUGAAUUAUUGUCAUAUUGAUAACAUGUUGAAUUUAUUACUAUUUACAUUUUCUUGUGCAUUCUAUUAUUAUUAAUGAUUGUAAACAUGAAAAAUUCUUUGUUUAUUCAGAAUAAUUCAGGACACCUUCCAAAAAGUGUUGCGUAUUUUGGGGGUUAAAUUUUAUCAAGUAGAUUAAGUAGUCAAGACUAUUUAGUAGACACACUCUUGCCUGUAAUUGGCCAGUACGUAAGAACACAGAAAUUGUUUUUGGUUGCAUCAUAUUAUUAAGAAGCAAAUAUUCUUUAAAAACCCUUAAAUAAAUCUGUGCAAUACUGGUACCUCUAUACCACUGGUAACCUUAAAGUGUAACAGUUGUGGUAAUUUUUUUUACUUUCAUUAUUUGAGUCUACAUCUUGUAAAAAAAAAUUUAAAAAUUUGGUUUAUUUUAGUUCCACUGCUUAUUAUCUUUUUAGCCCAUCUAAUAUGUUCACAUAUAUUAAUAUUACAUUUAACCAAUCAUGAUUAAGCCAUUUUUUAGUCUCAAAUUCAAAGUAGACUUGAGCGGGUAAAUCCUUGCAUGGUUCCCUUCUCUAUCUUUUAAUGUUCUCAGCUCUAUGUAAAUACAUAUGCACUGAUAACAUGAUGUUGGCUUUUGGUAUAGAUAAGCUUUUGUAUUCGGUUAAAGUUGUAUGUUUUAUUACAUUUUCUUUUUAAAAAUAAACUGUAUUGUUUUACUAGUUUUAGAAAUACAAAGAUGUGCAUUGAUGAUUCCUAUGAACUUAACCUUUUAAGUGCAUUACCAAAUAUGUUAAAGAUACACCAAAAAAAGGCAUCUCCAUACAGACUUUUGUUAUGAACUCUGUUUAUCAUAAUUGUAAAUGUAAUAUUUGGAAGCCAUUCUUGAACAUGUCGCAAUCCAUGAGGUCACCUUUUGUUGUGAGUUUCAUGUACUUGCAUUUGGCAGCCCUUGUUUCUUGUUUGAGAAAAUUAAUAGGGGCCUUACAAGUAAGAUGGUCCAGCAAAUGAAUUGUUUCAUCCCAUUAAUUGACAGAAUGCAGCUUUUUUUUUUAUUGAAACACUUUCUCUAAUUUAAAACAAAUGUUUAAAUGUCAUUUUCAUCUGUAAACUAUCAAUUCAAGGCCUCUUUGAGUACCUAGAUCAGGCUAGUUAGUUAUAUUCUUUAUAAAGGCAUUAUUUUUGCUAUUUGAUGGUGGCUUUGUUUUUUGUUCCCCUCCUUCUGCCCUUUUUAAACAAAUUUAAUAAGUUGUUUCAUGAACAUCAGGCUUGUAUUUAGAAAUAUAUCUAGGAAUAUUUGGUCAUAGAGUUUUCAAUCCUAAUUUGCUACUCACCAUCUUAGUAAGCCAAAGUAGUGGCUGAUGAUUAUGUUGAGCGACAAUGGGUGGAUAGCAUUAUAAGUAUUUGAUUUUUUUUUGUUGUAUUUUCAAUAAACCAACUGUAAUUAUCUAAAAAAUUCUCAAAAUCCAAAUAUAAAUGUAAAAAAAAAUCAAAAUACAUUAUUCUCUAUGUAACAAUGUCACUAACAUUACUAGAUGGCGCUGAUUUCACUAAAUGAAACUCCCGAUAACUGCGCUAAAUGAGAUUAUUAAAAGUACAGAAAGUGCGUUAGUUGCGUAAUAAUUUCCUUUUGUUUUAAGAAAAUGGUGUGAUAAAUGGUGGCGUUUGGGGAGGGAUCAGGGUUAGCACUAUUUGGGAUUCCUAUAAAAUGCUUUACUCGAAUGUAUGUUUUGUCAAGUAACUUUAAUAGAUGAGAAGUUCACACAUUGCGGUCACCAUUGUUUGGUAGGCCAUAAGCUAGUUUAUUUAAAAAAUGAGAUCGCUUGUUUAAAAUGAAUAUUUUUUGUAUUAAUACCAACAACAUGAAAUACGGUGAAGCCUGGUGUCAUCUAUGAAUAGGCCAUUAAAUUAUAAAAUAUUCUCACAAUUUUAUAAACAUCAUAUUACAAGUAUUCCUGUUGAUUUCAGUGAAGCCAUUGCUGUGACCUGACUUUUCACUUUUAUUAUGAUUCUCAGCACUUCAACUCAUUUAAAACUUACACUUUUACUGCCAUGACAAUACUGAUUUGUAAAAGAAAUAAUAGAAGAAAUUCAAAAUACAAUAAACAAUACAAAAGAAAUAAAGUACAGUUAUUUUUUUUUAUAAAAAAAGAAAAAUGUUCAAUCCCAUGCCUGCAAUCCUGUUUGUGCUCUGUUCCUUUAACCAUUAAAUAACAAAAACAUGUCUGUUCUACUAUUCUUUGGAAUUUAACCCUACAAAAGAGGUAUUUUUGAGUAACAUGUUUUGUUGUCAUUGACAGAAGAUAUUCAUUUUCAUCGAUGAACCACAAGAUGCUAAACCUAGUUUUAGACUGAAUGGAUCAAACAUUGCAUAGAUCACAUGUGUCAAACUCAAGGCCUGCGGGCCACAUCCCGCCCGCCGUACAUUUAUAUCAGGCCCGAGAGGUCUUGACCGGCGUACAAUUAUAUCCAAGUCGACGCUAUGGUGUUUCCCAAUGCACACUUUGCUAAAUAACUUAGCUUACUUCGCACCGAGUUCUCACGGCGCUUUAGUGACUUUGCAGCAAAGAAAAGUAAUUUCAAGUGCAGUCCAUCAUGAGAAUUUCAAUGACAUAGAACCUUACUCCAAACAUAAAUGAACUUGUAGUCAAGAACAUGUGCCAAACAUCCAGCUCUGACAAAUUGACAUAAAAGCGAAAAUGGGUAUGACAAUUAUUUAUUAUUAAAAAAAUUUUCUAUUUUCAUUGAUAUUAAUGUUUGAAAAAGGUUUAAUUUUCCACUUAUUGAAUGUUUAUCCUGUUCGGCCCGCAACCUUACGUGUGAUUUGAGUUUUUGCCCGCCCAGCGAUUGAGUUUGACACCCCUGGUAUAGAUGGUCCAUUAUUUUGAGAUUGGGAACAAACGUACUAUUACUAUUUGUACAGUUGUUCCAUUGAUUUAAGAUGGAAUCAGUCAUCAGCUGAAAGAGAUUUUUUUUUUUUUUAAUUAAUGGUACUUAUAUAUAUAUAUAUAUAAAAGAAUGUACCAUGUGAUACAUAGAAGUACUUGUAUCAAAUAAACUUCACUUUUCUAAUUUGUUUUGCAUGUUAUAAAAUGUACACUACAUCAUCUUAUAAUUUGAAUUUAAUGAUUUGGAAAUGUUUAAUUCACUUAAAUUCAUAUAAGGCAUCCCUAAUCUUCUCUCCCAUUGUUUUGAAGAAAAAUAACUAAGACAGUCAAAAUAACAUUUUCAAUCAUAUUCAUAUUCUCUAUUUACAAAUUCCAGAUGAUACAAUUUUUACAACAUAAAGUAUAAUUUAUGUGUUAACCAUGACAUGUAAUGUUGUACACUCAUGAUAAAUUAUUUGUAACUUGUGCAGUUUUUUUGUCAUCAUAUUUUAUUUCAUUUUAAUGUAAAAGAAAUAUUUUCUUGUUAUUUCUAUGAUUAAUAUACAAAUUCAAAGUUAAGGCACUUUCUUUCAAACUUUGGCAUCCAGCCAUGGCUGCUGAAACAUUAAAACUGUACUUUGUACUGGGUUUGUCAAAACUUCAACUUGCAUCCAUGCUGAAUAUUGAAGAAAGUUUACUGUAUGGCCUGGCAAUCAUUAAAUUAUGUCUCUUUUCCUUGCAAUGGAAAUUCAGAAUUGUCAAAAUGUACAAUUAUAUAAACUCCAAAAUCUGUUGAUGUACAUAUCAUUUCAAAUUAAAAGCUUGCACCUGAAUAAAAUUUGAUAAUUUUGUUGUCAUUUUAAAGACUUUUAAUCACAUUUAUUAUAGAGAUAUCAAAUCUAUCUUUAUUUGAGUUGAACUAUUCAGGCAGUUAAUUUUGUUACACUACCCCUCACCCAAUAUACACACUGUUUCAAUGAAAUACCAACAAAUACUUUUUUAUUUUAAUUGUAUCAUAAGUAACACUUAAUAAAAGUGAAGUAAACAAUCACAUGGCAAUAUAAAUAAAAAUAUAAAGCAAACAAAUCUAGUAAUUUGUAAUGAUACUGAAG